UCGCAGCAACGUGUCAGGGUAUAUAAAAUAAUAGCCUGCAUGGAGUUUCAACUCAGUCCGGCGGCAAACGGUUUGGACAGCAAGCAUGUUCGUGACAACGUUGACGCUUUUUGCUCUUUUCGCCCUCUCCAGCGGUGGAUUGUUGUCCAGAUACGAUCCAAGAAUCGUGAACGGAGAGAACGCCAAAGAGGGUGAGAUACCGUAUCAGGUAUCUCUGCAAAACAAAGACAGCUCGUUCCACUUCUGCGGCGGGUCCGUUCUUAAUGAGAAUUAUGUCAUUACGGCGGCUCAUUGCACCGUGGGGAAAACCCCGGGCAGCAUCAAAGUUGUAGCAGGCACGAUUAACCUCACCAAACUCGGUUCCGAGCACCCGGUUACGAAUAUCAUCAUUCACGAAAAUUACAACGCCGCAGACUCUUGGAGGAACGACAUUUCGCUGCUCAAGGUCAGCAAAAAGUUCGUAAAGUCAAAUGUGAUUUCCUUCGUGCCACUUCCAUCGCCGAGUGAUGUCAUCAAGACCAACGACGUGGCAGUAGUUUCUGGAUGGGGUAGACUUCGGCAAGGAGGUCCCACAACCGUUAAUCUGCAACGCGUGAACAUCUUGAUUGCCGAUCAAGAGUAUUGCAAAUACAUAUACAACAAAAUGCAUUACAACGUCUACGACACACAAGUUUGCGCGUACGAUCCGAAGGUUGAAAAGGGGUCGUGUAACGGUGACUCCGGUGGCCCCUUGACCGUCAAUGGGAAACUCGUUGGUCUCGUUUCUUGGGCAAUGGGCUGCGCCCUCACCGACUACCCAACUGUCUAUACCCGCGUGUCGUCUCACCUUAAUUGGAUAAAGGAUCACGCUGUGUAAAUCCGGCAAGUGAAACGUGAACUAGAAGUCGAAGUAAAACACACGGAUACGGAACUCUGAGAGCGUGCGAAUUCGCGCGGGACGUCAGCGUUCUCACGAAAUUUGCGCGAAAUUGACAGUAUUUUUCAAUCUGCGUUUAACACUGCACUCUGUAUAUUUCUUCCCGCCAAAUAAAUAAAUCGUACGUUUGAUAUCUUCA